AUGAAUAAUCAGCCGCAGGGCAAUAGCGUUCCGAAUAGCAUUGGCAAUAUAUUUAGCAAUAUUGGGACUCCGUCCUUCAACAUGGCGCAAAUUCCGCAACAACUGUACCAGAGCCUCACUCCACAACAAUUACAGAUGAUUCAGCAACGACACCAACAGUUACUGAUGAGUCGCCUGCAGCAGCACCAACAACAGCCACAACAGCAAACUUCACCGCCAUCUCAGACGCAUCCAUCACCACCUGCCCCUGUCCCUACUGCUGCUGCUGCUGCUGCUCCCCCUACUGCACAGCAAUCACAACCCAUGGCUAAUCAACCUGUGGCAACUACACCUCCUCCUCCUCCAGUACCUAUUAAUUUACCUCCUCAGAUUGCUCAGUUGCCUUUGGCUACGCAGCAGCAAGUUUUGAACAAACUGAGGCAACAGGCUAUAGCAAAAAAUAAUCCGCAAGUCGUGAAUGCCAUCACCGUGGCACAACAACAAGUGCAACGCCAAAUUGACCAAGUGCAACGUCAGUUUGAGCAACAGAGAGGUCAACAAACUGCUCAGACCCAGCUAGAACAGCAAAGACAAUUAUUGGUCCAACAGCAGCAGCAACAACAACUUAGAAACCAAAUGCAACGACAACAGCAACAACAAUUUAGGCAGCAAGUCCAGAUACAGCAACAGCAACAGCAGCAGCAACAGCAGCAGCAACAAGGACAAAUACCGCAAUCGCAACAAGUUCCUCCCGCUAAGUCUAUGGGUGGUCAAUCUUCCACCAAUGUUCAAUCUACAGUUGGCCAGCUCCCCCAGCUUCCUAAAUUGAAUUUACCUAAAUUUCAAACAAUUCAGUACGAUCCACCGGAAAUGAAGUUACCACACCCAACCUAUUGGUCAGAUAAGGAAGCUGACACUGACACUUUAUUGUAUGAACAAAUUAUCCAGCGUGACAAGAUUAACAAAGCUUCUUUAAUAAGAGAAACUAACGGUUACGAUCCCUUCAGCAUUUAUGGAUUUAGUAAUAAAGAAUAUAUAAGUAGGCUGUGGCAUACGCUGAAGUAUUAUCAAGAUUUGAAGAAUACCAGAAUGAAAUCUAUCACUAGUACGUCUCAGAAGAUUCCAUCUGCAAGUAUCUGGGGGGAUGGUUAUUCAGGGUAUGGGAACGGAAUCACGAAUACAUCGACAAGGGUCAUUCCACAAGUGGAAGUAGGCAAUAGAAAUCACUACCUUGAAGACAAAUUAAAAGUCUAUAAACAGGCAAUGAAUGAGAUGUCAGAGCAAUUGGUUCCGAUAAGGUUGGAGUUCGAUCAAGAUCGUGAUAGAUUCUUUCUAAGAGACACGUUGUUGUGGAACAAAAAUGAUAAACUGAUCAAGGUUGAAGAAUUUGUGGACGAUAUGUUACGAGAUUAUAGAUUUGAAGACGCUACCAGGGAGCAACACAUAGACACUAUAUGCCAGUCCAUACAAGAACAAAUUCAAGAAUUCCAAGGAAAUCCAUACAUAGAAUUUAAUCAGGAUCGUUUGGGCGGUGAUGAUUUAAGGAUUAAAAUCAAACUGGAUAUUGUUGUGGGACAAAACCAACUGAUCGAUCAGUUUGAGUGGGACAUCUCUAAUAGCGACAAUUGCCCAGAAGAGUUUGCAGAGUGUAUGUGUCAAGAAUUAGAACUACCUGGUGAAUUUGUUACCGCCAUUUCUCACUCCAUAAGAGAACAGGUUCAUAUGUAUCACAAAUCACUAGCAUUGUUAGGUUACAACUUUGAUGGAUCUGUGAUAGAAGACGAUGAUAUCAGAAGCAGGAUGUUACCUACAAUUACCAUUGAUGAUGUUUAUAGACCUGCAGCAGAAAGUAAAAUCUUUACUCCAAAUCUUUUACAAAUUUCAGCUGCGGAAUUAGAAAGACUGGACAAAGAUAAGGAUAGAGAUACCAGAAGGAAAAGAAGACAAGGUAGGUCUAAUAGGCGUGGUAUGCUUGCAUUGUCUGGUACAUCAGCAAACAGUAUGUCUAUGAAUAAUACCCACAAUAUAACAACGCCAGGAAAUAAUUCACUGCUGCCAUCGGGAGAGAUUUUGCUUCCCGAUAUUGCAGACAUCCCAAGGACUUUCAGAACACCAGUACCAAGUACCAUAAUGCCUGGUGGUGUUGACGUGGGUCCCCCUGUGGAAUCGUACGAAUUAAAAAACACGACGACGUAUAAAGAUAGACCAGAUAGACCUAAGCCAGUCCCACCUCCUUGCUAUAUUAUUGACCAUAUUUCAGGACAUUCCCUAUUAGUCUCUAUCAAGGUUCCCAAGAGGAGCGAAAUCAGGGAAGACACAGCGGCAGUGACGAAUGAACCAAAUGGGGGCAUCAAUCCUAUGCUUCCAAGUCCAGAGUCGCAAAAAACUAAGUUAAAUAGUGAUGUUCGGGCUAGUGUCACUAUCUCUUCAAUUCAAAAUCCGAUUGGCGGCCAAUUUGUCACCAACGCUCCCAAUCAGACAUUACAGCCCGUCAUGCCAGCUAUAACAGCCGGAAAGUCGGUACCUGCACCUCAUUUACCGGUACAACCUCCGGUAGUCUCUCAAGAUAGCGAACAAGCAUCAUUCAAUAACAGCAGCAAUAGCAAUAGUAACAGUAAUAUCUAUAAUAAUACAUAG